GCUUAGUGGAAAUCAAGCAUGCUUUCACAUUACGUGUUAAGCUAACAUAACUACAAAAGCUGAAGUGAAGGGAUAGCACCUGUUAGACUAGGGAUAUUUUAUAGGCUAUACAAGAAAGACUUGCAUGGUUUCCAAAGUUGGGAAGGCUUUCAUUAAUUUCCCUGUGACAGCAUAGGAAGAACUAGGCUCUGACAUCACCUAAGAUCAACGUCUUUGAUCCACCUGCAGAUAUAAUACUUAUUGUGAAUCUGUAUCUUUGACCUAUCAUCUGACGGAGGGUGUCCUGAAGUUAAUCCGAGACUCAAUAGCCACAUGACAGCUUAUGCUGGACCAGGUUUCUGUUAAAAGCAGGAUGCUAGUUGAGCAGAACCCACAGCUACGAAAAGCUAAAGAAAGUGGUAGGUGAAAGAGACUUGACCCUUUGUCAUCAGUCAUCAGCAGAGCUUUGCCCUUCGCAACAUCUCAGCUUUCCAAGACUUUUGGCACGAUGACUUCUCGAUUCCAGAGAGAAGGCUUCUUUUUUUAUCUGCUUACUCUGUUAGGUGCUUGGGCAGCAUCUACGCAAGGCGGAGGAAGGAAAAGUGAAUGUCCCUCCUGUGGAGUGCAAGACAAAGAUGUGAUGAUUGAAGUGGCUAAGCAACAAAUUCUCCAGAAGCUCCAUCUAAAGGAGAGACCUAAUAUCACUCACCCGAUUCCUAGAGGAGCUGUGGUGAAUGCACUGCGCAGGCUGCAUUUAACCAAGCCACGUAUGGAUGGUCUUUUUGGGUCCUCAAACUGGGGCAGUGAUGGCGAUACUUCUGAUACAGACCAACAAAGCUAUGAGAUCAUCAGCUUUGCAGAAUCAGAUUACAACGAAUCCAGGACAAAGCUGACAUUCCAGUUUGCCCGAGACAAUGAGCAAAAUGUGCAUGUUCUCCAGGCUCAUCUAUGGGUCUUCUUUAAGUCAAACAGGACUGGUCAGGAUACCCAGACUAUUAGACUGCACAUGAUCCAAGAGCCACAGGAUACACGCACCCUCAUCACUGAAAAAUACCUUGAGCCAAGAGGGAGUGGCUGGCAAACAUUUUCCUUAAAGCAGAUUCUCCAAGACUUCUUUGAUGAAGAGAAUAAAAGCCUGAAGCUAGAACUAGACUGCGAGGAAUGCCAAAAUAUGUCAUUCAUGGUCAAUCCCAGUGACUCCCACAAACCCUUUCUAGUAGCACAAGCAAAGGUAAAGGAAAGAAGCCAUCACGCUGCAAAAAGAAGCCUCAAAUGCGACCAAAAUUCCAACCUUUGCUGCAGGAAAGACUAUUAUGUAGAAUUUAAAGACAUAGGGUGGAAUGACUGGAUCAUAAAACCUGAGGGGUACCAGAUCAAUUACUGCAUGGGACUUUGCCCAAUGCAUGUGGCUGGUGCGCCUGGAAUGGCAGCCUCUUUCCACACCACAGUUUUUAAUCUCAUUAAGGCCAACAAUAUUCAGACAGCAGUGAGCUCUUGUUGUGUACCGACCAAGAGACGGCCCCUGUCAAUGCUGUACUUUGAUAGAAAUAACAACAUUGUAAAGACUGACAUCCCUGAUAUGAUUGUGGAUGCAUGUGGAUGCAGCUAAGAGACACCAAACAUGUAAAUACCAAUGUAAAAGAGAGGAGCUGGCUUGUCUCUUGCACAUGCUCUUGCCAAAAUCAGGUUGGAAGAAUAAACAUCUAAAUAGCUGAGGAGCCCCCAUAUGUCAUCAUGAUGCUUGACACACUGGGUAAUUUUGCAACUAACUUCUAUGAUGAUUUAGUAUGCAGAAAGCCAAAGCACAAGACAUUACA